AUGGACGAUGAUAACAAAGAUGACGACCUUUACGGUAUUCUGAAUGAAAGAAAUAUCAAAGAAGUGCAGUUUGGCAUUGACAAACGUUUUCCCACUUGGUAUGGAAGUAAUGCAUAUUUCAGUCCGGAUACCAAUCGUUUGGGCUAUGAAGAAGACUUUCAUACUCCUGUCAAAAAUGACGUGAAAACACAGUACUGGCUCGAUACACUAUACAUUUGCGAAUAUUGCUUCAAAUACACAGAUGUGGAAGCUGAUUUUGUCUCACACAUUCCUCAUUGUAAGUACCAGUUUCACGCUCCUGGAAGAAUUAAGUAUAAAAGUCCUUCUUAUACCAUAAGGCGUGUGAAAGGUUCUAGACACCGCUUGUUCUGUCAAUGCCUUUGUCUAUUUACAAAGCUGUUUCUAGACAACAAAUCGAUGUAUUUUAAAGUGGAUCAUUACGAGUUUUACGUCGUUUAUAGGACUGGUGAAUUCAAACCGAUGGCAUUUUUCUCCAAGGACUUGGUAUCAUAUCAUCAAAAUAACCUUGCAUGCAUAUUGACCUUUCCGCCCUACCAGAGACUUCGAUUAGGAACCCUAUUACUCGAAUUUUCUUAUAAAUUAUCGACAUUUGAUAACUUAAUCUCUGGACCAGAACUGCCACUUUCACCUUUCGGUCUUAUCAGUUAUUUGAAAUACUGGUCUAAAGUGAUCUGUUGGGAACUGGUGGAAGGCGAACUGGCCAACUGCGAGAAACUCACAAUUGAGACUAUUGCCAAAGUAACAGGAAUUAGAAUACCCGAUAUAAUACUCACAAUGGAAUACCUGAAAUGCCUUGGUAAUACACAUGAAAUACACCUUUCUGUUUUGCGAAGGCGGUUAAAGGAGUUUGAGCAUAAGAGCAAGGAACUUUUUCUUUUGAAAGAUGAGUAUUUACUGCUAGAAGACUAG